CCACCACUCAUUCGUUCCGCGACGCGUCAUCUUACCGGCCGGCUUCACCCGGGCUCAUUCUCACCGCGUCAGUUAACCGCAUCGCACCCGACGAUUUCAACAUGACGGAAAGCACAGAAACCCCCGCGGCUGCAGCCCCAGAAAAGACUCCCACUGAAAAUGGAACCACCGAUACCCCCCCGGAGGAAGCUCCAGAGAAGGCUACCGAGGAGAAGGAAAAGGAAGCUGUUCCUCCGCCCAAAGAGAUGCGCGCCGUGGUGCUCACCGGCUACGGAGGCUUGAAGACUGUCAAAAUCCUUAAAAAGCCAGAACCCACUGUUGGAGAAGGCGAGGUGCUCAUUCGUGUUAAAGCUUGCGGACUGAACUUCCAAGACUUGAUCGUGCGACAGGGUGCCAUCGACUCCCCUCCCAAGACCCCCUUCAUCCUCGGCUUCGAAUGCGCUGGCGAGAUCGAACAAGUCGGCGAAGGUGUCACCAACUUCAAAGUUGGCGACCAAGUGGUGGCUCUCCCGGAAUACAAAGCCUGGGCUGAGCUGGUCUCCGUGCCAGCGCAGUACGUGUACGCGCUACCCAACGGCAUGUCUGCUCUGGACGCGGUCGCUGUCACCACUAACUACCUGGUGGCUUAUCUGCUCCUCUUCGAAAUGGCCAACCUGAGCCCUGGCAAGAGCUUGCUGGUCCACUCCGCUGGUGGCGGCGUGGGUCAGGCUGUGGCGCAGCUGGCGAAGACUGUGGAGAACGUGACCGUGUUCGGAGUCUGCUCAAAGAGUAAACACGAGGCUUUGAAGGCAAACAACAACAAUAUCGAUCAUCUGCUGGAGAGGGGCAGCGAUUACACCAGUGAAGUCAGGAAAGUGUCCCCCGACGGCCUGGACAUCGUGCUGGACUGCCUCUGCGGCGAGGAAUGCAACCGCGGGUACUCUCUCCUCAAGCCCAUGGGCCGGUACAUCCUUUAUGGAUCGUCAAACAUCGUGGCCGGUGAAACCAAGAGCUUUAUAAGUGCUGCUCGCACAUGGUGGCAAGUGGACAAGGUGUCGCCGAUCAAGUUGUUCGACGAGAACAAGAGCCUGGCGGGUUUGAACUUGCGACACCUGCUAUUCCAGCACGGACGCACCGACUACGUCCGCCGCGCCGUCGAGAAUGUCUUCUCUCUAUGGGGAGAGGGAAAGGUCAAGCCUCUGGUCGACUCCACGUGGGCGCUAGAAGACGUUGGUGAAGCGAUGCAGAAGAUGCACGACCGCAAGAACAUCGGCAAACUCGUGCUUGACCCGUCCCUAGAGCCGAAACCCAAGCCCGCCACCCCUGCCAAGGGCAAAGCCGGCAAGGAGAAGAAACCCGCCAAAGAGAGCUCGGAGGAGAAGAAAGAUAAGGACGCCAAGGAGGAGGAGAAGAAAGAGAACGGUGAGAAGAAUGGUGAAGAACCGCUCACUAACGGUAACAGCGACGAAGAGUCCAAGGAUAAGGAGAAAGAGUCAAGCUGAAUUGUUUCCCGCGAGGACUGAACAAGACAAACCACCGCCAAUUGUUUAUUUUAGAGUUCGAAGCCGCUCGUCCUACGCCGCUGGCUGCGCAUGCGCGCGGCAACUCAUUACGUUGCACGAUGUUCUUUACGUCUAAUUCAUAAGUCUGAUCACAACAUUGUUCGAUCUCAACACUACCAACAUCACAAUUUAUCUACUUAUAUGCAUAAUGCCCCUUAUGAACCACAGAUAAGGCAAAAAAACUGCCAAACAAACAACAUGUUUUUCUCAGUCGCUCGCGAUUUCGUAAACUACCAGUGUAUGUAAUCACAUUGUUAAAUAAAAUUCAACUGUGGGAACGAUACGGUAGUCAUUGUUCAUCUGCAUUUUUCAAUAGCGAGUGACAGAUGAGUUAGUUUGUUUUUUUAUUGGCUCUUAGGUUGGCAGUAGCAUUACCAACUUAAGGAUCGAACAGUGUUGACUAGUUUUAUUUGUCUGACACAUUAUUUUAUUCGUUAAACAACAUGUGUUUAAAAGAUGAAAUUCGAUAAGCGACAGCGAAAUUACAAUGAAUUUAUAUUUUACUCAUUUCUUCAUUGCAUUAAUUUGGCCUAAGUUAGGAAUUGUUUCUAAACUUACGAGUCUUAUUAUAGUUUAAGAUUUUAUUUUUAAGAUGAGAUAUUUUAAUCUGCAGUUAUUUUGAAUGGCUAUUAUAUAUCUAAGGUGCAGAGAUGCUUAAUCUUUAUGUAUGUUAAGCUUUAAUAUUUUAUUAGUAAAUGUUUAAAAUUGGCCCCGCGGCCGAGCGCUCGCUCGUCUCCCUCACCGAUACUCCGACUCAACUUGAACGAAGAAACCUUGCGUGUGAUAUUUUGUAGUAGGUAUGCUAGAUGUUUUGCGGUAGGUAUUUUAUGCAGCCUAUACAUGACAUGUUAUUUUUUUUAAUUUUGAGCUUAAAUAUACAAUUAUUUUAUAUUUUUUAUACUUAGAAGUUUUGUAAAUUAUUUUCUAGUUAGGAAGAGAGUUGUCGAAAUUAAUUUAGCCAUCAGUUGCGUGACACGGCACGUCGCCUCGCUCUCGCCUCAACUGGACGAGCUUAUGUGGAAAUUGUGAAAUAUUUUUGUGGCUAAAAUAGACUCGAUGUCACCUACGAUGUAAUAAGUCAUAUUUUUGUAAAACAAUCGACUGUAAACGGUCUCAUAUACUUAUAGCUUUUUAUGUAUCUUUACACAAAUAUCACAUAUCUAAUCAAACUUUCACACGAUGUGUAUUAGGAGUAAUAUUUUGAUACCAAUAUUCACUGCAUUUCUUUUAUACCUAGCAUAUAUUUGUCUACUAUUAUUUUCGUAAGGUUGUAAGUAACGUUUACCGCCAUAAUGUACAUGGUUUAGGUAUAUGUACCCAGUACUCUAAAUGUUUUAUCUAUAUAACACAUAUCAAGCGGAUAUAGUAAAGUGAUCCUGGAGCUGCUCAAGCGGGCGCGCGCGCAGGCCCGUUCCGCAGGCCUCACUUAUUUGACUCUUUACAAUUUUUAUAAACUUUUUACCCUUUUGGAACGUUUUUGUUGAGCGCGUCCUGCGCACGGGCUCCACAACGACCCCACAGCCGUAGUUAGCUUUUGUACCAGUGUUGUAGCUAGGACCGGAAGAUGGCGCCACACGCGCCCUUCUCGUACGGUGGCUUGCUGCUCUCUAUCGCGUACGCGGAACAACUCGCUUCAGCGUCUCGGACCAAUAUCUUAAAGCUACUUUAGUCUUCUUAUAACGAUAUCCUUCGCUUUGUGUGUCAAAUAUGUGCGAAUUUCUUGUAAUGUAAACAUUAUAAUAUAAAAUCUUGUGUAUAUCGACCUGUAUAAUGGUUUAGAAUAUCUCUGACUUUUCUUCUAUAAGGAUAUUUGAGAAAUUCAAUAGUAAUUCGGAGGGCUGGCGUGACCGCGCUGACGCGUGUCCAAAUUGUUGUAGGUUAGUAUCCGAAUGAUGCCAAUAUUUUAUAUCGAUGUCCAGAAUCCGCGCCGUCACGCCGGCCGCCGCCAGACUGGGUCGUUAUUGUAUUACACAUUUAUUUUUAUAAGGGCGGGCCAGUGUGAUAUCUAUACUAUGAAAUGGAUAAAUAAAUAUGUAUGAUCUGUAAAAAUGCUUA